CACAGUAUACCGAGAUUGGAAUUAGUUACGACAUCUGGCUGAUUCGACUCACCCUUUUGUAUAUGCCAGCGCAUACACACACACACACAUACAUAUAUAUCAUCUUCAUGUAUAUUCGCUCGUCUUCCAGUGUUGGCGAAGCUCUUGACCUCGGAAAAAAAUAAACGACACAGAGCCUUCACUGUGCAGCCAUGGUUGAACGUAAAAGUCAACAUAAACAUGUUCUCCUUUUAGCAUAUCAGAGCUUUGGCUUAGCGUAUGGUGCCUUGAGCGUUUCCCCUCUUUAUGUUUAUAGAAGUACAUUUUCUGGGAACUUGCAACAUCACCAAAAUGAGUAUGUGAUAUUUGGGGCAUUUUCCUUGAUAUUUUGGACUCUCACGCUUCUUCCAUUGUUCAACUAUGUGAUCAUUACGUUAAAUGCAGAUGAUAAUGGUGAAGGAGGACCUAUUGCUUUGUAUUCACUCAUUUGUAGACAUGUCAAAUUGAGUUUACUGCCUAAUCAUCAAGCAGCAGACGAGGAGAUAUCUACAUAUCAUAAACCUGGCUACAUAAACAGGAAUACGCCUUCCUCUCCACUGAAAAGAUUUGUUGAGAAACAUAAGAAGACUAGAAAUGUUUUACUUCUUAUGGCAUUACUUGGUGCGUGCCUAAUGAUUGGUUAUGGAGUCCUCACACCUUCAAUUUCUGUGUUGGCAUCCAUUGAAGGUCUGCAAGUUCAAACUGAGAGACCGCAUCACAGUAUUGUGGUUGUUAUUGCUUGUGUCGUUUUGGUUGGCCUCUUUGCUUUGCAGCAUUUCGGCACCUAUAGAGUGGCCUUCUUGUUUUCUCCAAUUGUAAUCGUAUGGUUGCUGUGUAUUGCUGCUAUUGGCGUCUAUAAUAUCAUCGAGUGGAACCCAAGAAUAUAUGAGGCUCUUUCUCCAUAUUAUAUUUACAAGUUCUUUAGGAACACUGGAAAAGAUGGUUGGCUUUCUCUUGGAGGAAUACUUCUUUGUACAGCCGGAACUGGAUCUAUGUUUCUGGGCCUUGGGCACUUCACAACUGCAUCAAUAAGGAUUUCAUUUUCUUGUGUUGUUUACCCCUGUCUGGUGCUUCAAUUCAUGGGGCAAGCUGCAUUUAUUUCAAAGAACUUCUCUUCAAUAUCUUCAAGCUUCUAUGCGUCAAUUCCAGAUCCAGUAUUUUGGCCGGUAUUUGUGAUUGCAAUUCUGGCAGCCAUUGUUGCCAGUCAAGCUGUCAUUUCUGCCACAUUCUCAAUUGUCAAACAAUGCCAUGCAUUAGGAUGUUUUCCCCGCAUCAAGGUUGUGCACAAAUCAAAAUGGAUUGGUCAGACAUACAUACCAGAAAUGAACUGGAUCCUUAUGAUUCUCUGUUUGACUGUCACUGCUGGUUUUCGGAAGACAACCCUGAUAGCAAAUGCUUAUGGGAUUGCAUGCAUCGCUGACGCAUUGGUGACAACAUGUUUGAUGUCAUUAGUCAUCAUCUUUGUACAGCAUAAGAAUCUUAUAAUUUCCCUUUUAUUUCUCUUAUUCUUCGGAUCAAUUGAGGCCAUCUACCUCUCAUCUUCUUGUAUGGAAAUUCCUCGAGGUGGUUGGGUCCCACUUGUGCUUUCUUCAGUCUUGAUGUUAAUUAUGCACGUGUGGCACUAUGGGACCAGGCGGAAGUAUUUAUAUGACCUGCAAAACAAGGUAUCAAUGAAAUGGAUACUCACAUUAGGUCCCAGUCUUGGGAUAGUUAGAGUUCCUGGAAUUGGUCUCAUCUACACCGAGUUGGCAACUGGAGUUCCAGCCAUAUUUUCUGAUUUUGUAACCAAUUUACCAGCUAUUCACCAGGUGGUCAUCUUCGUUUGUGUCAAGUCUGUUCUUGUUCCUUAUGUCUCCCAUAAGGAACGAUACCUGAUUGGUCGGAUUGGACCCAAAGCUUACCGGAUGUAUCGUUGCAUUGUUCGAUAUGGCUACAAAGAUGUCCACAAGGAAGAAGAAGAUUUUGAGAACCAUCUUGUGACGUGCUUAGCAGAGUUCAUCAAACUGGAAGCAGAAGGUUCUGGUUCUGGAACUAUAGAUGGAUCUGUGGAUGGCCGGAUGGCAGUUGUGAGGACAUCCGAAAAGUUCGGGACAAGAUUGGUGAUGUCAGAAGGUGCUGGCAUCGAAGAAAGUAGCAGUUCAAGUCUUCUAACCACUGUGACUAACGGCAAGUCAGUCACGUUGCAGAAGUUGCAGUCUAUGUAUGAGCAGGAAUCGCCCCAUCUGAGCCACAGACGACGCGUCCAGUUUAAAUUGCCAGAUACAGAUUAUAUGGAUUCACAUGUCAAGGAAGAGCUCUCUGAGUUAGUGGAAGCUAAGCGUGCUGGGGUAGCAUAUAUAAUUGGUCAUUCACGUAUAAAGGCAAGAAGGAAUUCGUCAUUCUUUAAGAAGUUUGUAAUUAAUAUGGCAUACUCUUUCCUACGAAAAAACUGCCGGGCACCUGCUGUAACCUUGACCAUUCCUCAUAUCAGUUUGAUCGGGGUGGGCAUGAACUACCAUGUGUAGUUCAAUCUUCCAGGGUGAGCUCAGACAUGGCAUGUUUGAGGAUGUGUGCAGUAAAAAUGGCAUCCGGUUGACAGGUACUGGACUGUUCAAUUCUAAUGCCACCUCAUUUUUCUGUCCUUGUUUUGUUACUAAACAUAUCUUCUGGGUGUAUUCUGAUAAUCCAUUGAAAUUAAUAUCAAUCCAAUUUUGUGCAAAGUAUUUGAAGAUAAGAA